AUGGCUGUAAUAGGUGUGAUACUCGGUGUUCCUGCUACCCAUGCCGCCAUGCCUGUUGCUGUUGUAAUCAGCUCCCUCCAGUUUUGUCCUUCCACCAGAACCACCAGCAGCAAUGUCACUUCAUUCGAGCUCUGCAUGCUUGGUGCUAACUUUGGUAGGAUUCCUCCGAUUGCUGGUUUGAUUAACUUGGGCUUCGUUGAGUUCAGUAAUGUGCAGCGGAGUGAAGAAUGA